CUCCUCUGCCCCCGCCUCUUCGUCCCUAUAUCCCAGGAGCCUUUGCGUGAACAAAAUGGCAGCCCCCAUGCCGCGGGGCUUGUCUUACUUACCCAGGGCCCUAGGAUGGUGGUCUCGACAGCCUGUCCUGGUGACUCAAUCCACAGCUCUAGUUUCAGUAAGAACUAAAAAACGUUUUACCCCUCCUACUUAUCCACCAAAAUACAAAACAGAAAAGGAAUUUUUGGAAUAUGCCCGGAAAGCAGGACUGUUCAUUCCUCCUGAACGUUUGGAACGUCCUAUUCAUCUGGCCUGCACAGGUGGUAUUUUUGAUCCCUACGUUCCUCCUGAAGGUGAUGCUCGAGUGUCAUCUCUUUCAAAAGAAGGACUGACACAAAGAGCUGAACGAUUGAAGAAGAAUGUAGCAUCAAAAUUGUCAAUCCAGAAGAUAAAAGAAUAUGAAGCUACUUUUAAGGUAAAGGACUUCCCUGAAAAAGCUAUGGAUAUUUUUACCGAAGCUCACCUUUGUUUAAACACCUCAGACCAUGACCGACUUCAUACAUUGGCAACUGAAAACUGUUUUCCGGACAUGGUCUGGGACCUCAGAUACAAGACAGUUCGCUGGAGCUUCGUGGAAUCUCUAGAGCCACCCCAAGUGGUUCAGGUCCGCACUUCGCAUCUGAUGCACCAGGGCAAUAUGUUCGGCCAAGUCACAGUGCGCAUGCACACACGGCAGACACUGGCCAUCUAUGACCGGUUUGGACGACUGAUGUAUGGGCAGGAAGAUGUGCCCAAAGAUGUCCUAGAGUAUGUUGUGUUUGAGAAGCAUCUGACAAACCCUUAUGGUAACUGGAGGAUGCACGGCAAGAUUAUUCCCACAUGGGCACCUCCAAAGCAGCCGAUCAUUAAGACGGUGAUGAUUCCUGGCCCCCAGCUGGACCCCUCAGAAGACUUGGAACAGCCCCAGGGAGAGGCCUGUGCACCUCAGCCAACAGCAACAAUGGCACAUGGCUGAAGGGGUGUCUGCAGACCUUGAUUGGCGCCGCCCAUCUGCACCAUGCUGGCAAGAGCCACCCAUCCCCACCUGUACUCUUUCUUCUUUUUCUUUCUAAGUGUUUGAGUCACACCUGCUGGUGCUCUGGUGUUGUUUCCAGGGGUCCUAACGGAAGAAAUGGUUUCCUGUACACAGAGCAUGUGCUCUUGCCUUUUGAGCUCUAUUUGCCCCAUACCACCCCCAUUUCUUUCCCACUCUCUUGGGUCCUUUUGGCAAGUUGAGAUUGGGGUUCAGCUGGGGUGGGAGAGAGCUGUCCCAAAUAGCCCCUUUGUCUGAUUUCCAUCUAGCUGCUAUGAUUCAAUGAGAGACUGUUUCAGAGAACAUCCGAUUCAUGUACCAGGAGCUACCUGAUGGAAUUUUCUUUCUAACCACAGAGCAGGCAGAGAUCUGAGUUUGAAAUAAAACACUAUCAGAAUUGA